CAGGGCGAGUUCAUCGUCAGUCGCAGUGUGCCUUUGGUUCUAGUCACAUCAUCAGCUGCAGGUCACGGGCCACGCACGCUUCAGCUCAUCAUCCCACCGCCGAGGCCACAGUUUUACCCUCUACCAUGGACCCAGUGGAAACGUCCGCGCUGACCCUGAAACAGCUGCCGGACGAUGUGCUCGUGAUGGUGAUGCAGUACGUGUCCAUGAAGGACGUCCUCGAAUGCCGCCUCGUGUGCAAGAGGUUCUGCGGCCUGGCCCUGCACCGGGACGUCUGGCGCCACCGAUCGCUCGAGGACGAGGAGCCCUGCGCUGGCGCGGUGCUGCACCUGGCCCCGUGCCUCAACACGCUGACCUGGUUAUACGGAGUCCGUGUCCCGACCCUGGCCCUGACGACGACCCGGUGCUCCGUUGUAGGUUUGAUACUGCAUUCGGACAAGCUGGCCUCUCACGCGCCACAGUACGCCAUGGCCGUGCGCAACCAGGAGUCCUUCGGGCGCCUCAGGCGACUUGAGCUGCAUAGCAAAAAUCCGCUUCCCGACGAGCUGUUGAGGACGGUUGCGUCGUGUUCCCACCUGGAGUCGCUUGAUGUCGAGGUACCCAGUAUCAGCCACCCCGUUGUGUACGGGCCACCCAUGCCCUCGCUCAAGAAGUUCCGGUGUCCACUCAAUGAGAACACGGUAAGCUUCGUGCACACCAUACUGGUCGGGCACGCGGCUACCCUGGAGGUGGUUGACUUAUGGUGGUUGACCUCCGGCACCAACAAGACAACGACGGCGACCUUGUUGGCAGCCUUGCCGAGACUCCGCGCGCUGUUCGUCGGCGACUCAAUGAUGGAGUUAGAGGCCGUGGCAGCGUGCAAUACGCUUAGAGACGUUGACAUUGGUAUUUACGACCGUAAUCAUCUCGAGAGGACAGCGGAGUUCUUCCGCCGAGCCCACCAACUGCGACGUGUCAGCCUGUAUAACAAUACCGGAGACGACACCCCCGAGGUCUGCUCGGUGUUGCUCGACGGUCUUGUCUCGUCUGGGCAGUCCCGCGUGGAGCGUUUGGCCUUUCUGAUGUUCGAGAACAUGCGGCCGCUCCUCGGCGUGCUGCCCUCGCUGCCCGCCCUGCGCCACCUGGAGCUGGACCUACAGACCCAGGAUCCCGACGACGAGCUGCUCAAGGGCAUCACGCCCGUCACGGCCCCGGCACUGAGGCUCCUGAAGAUUGCGGUGAGUGGGUGUGCACACGCCUGGAUACACGGGGACACGGCCAAGGCGUUGAUCGCGAAGAAUCCCUCGCUUCAUAUCGAGUUCUGGCUUUGCGAAAAGCAAGUCUGGUGCAAAUGUGCCGACGACACGUGCCGUACCCUGGGCUACGUGCCAGGCUGCCAUCAGGAAGUAAACUGGUUGGAGGUGUGUAUGAUAGGCCUCUACUCGCAUGACCCAAACAAGUGCCCGUCUCCGGAGUACCACACUGCCUACACCAACUUGGACAGGUCCUACCACGACGGUAAAAACGUCGCGUGUACGUGGAUCCACGUGUGAUUUAUUUGAGCUUGAUUGUGGAUGCUUAAAACUUUUAGUUUUCCUUUGUAUGACGUGUUCCAUAGGGCAAUAUGAUUAGUUUUGCAUUGUGCUUAUGGUUUAUGAACCGAUUAAUAAAUGAUAAAUCAUUGGUUCUGA